UAUUCUCUUUUUUUAUUUUAUUUUUAGUUUGACAAUCACGUGCUAAGUACGUGAUGAAAAUAUAGCAAUUAAGAAUGACACAAAGAAAGUUGCAAAGAAAUCAGUUGGGAGUUGAAAGGUCAUCUCUCUCUUAAGCGUUUUCACAUGUAGUCUAUAGUGUUUCUUCCAAUGCCCAAAAAAACUUCCCUAUAAGUCUCUCCAUUCCAACUCAUCAUAUCCUUCACUUCCCCCAACCCCCACUCAUUUUCUCUCUCUCUUUCUCUCACUAUCAAUUGUCGUUUUACCAAAUGGAGAUUGUCGUUUUACUCUAUUCCCUUCCACUUCUCUACUUCAUCUUCAUCAUCUGGAAACGUUACCAAACCAGAAGAGACCAACAUUGCUACAUUCUCGAUUACCAGUGCUACAAACCAACCGACGAUCGAAAGCUCAACACCGAGUUUUGUGGCGAACUCAUUAGGCGGACCAAGAAUCUAGGCCUCAUCGAGUACAAGUUUCUCCUCAAGGCUAUUGUCAGUGCUGGAAUCGGUGAACAGACUUACGCUCCGAGAAUCAUCUUCGACGGUCGUGAAGAUUCUCCUACUAUUGCUGAUGGAAUCUCUGAGAUGGAGGAGUUUUUCUUUGACAGCGUUGGAAGACUUCUCAGACGUAACGGAAUAUCUCCGUCUCAGAUCGAUGUUCUCGUUGUUAACGUUUCGAUGCUUUCGACUGUUCCUUCUUUGUCUUCUCGGAUUAUAAAUCAUUACAAGAUGAGAGAGGAUAUUAAGGUUUAUAAUCUUACUGGAAUGGGUUGCAGUGCGAGCUUGAUCUCGGUUGAUAUAGUGAGAAACGUUUUCAAAUCGUGUCAGAAUAAACUCGCUGUAGUUGUAACCUCCGAAUCGCUUAGUCCGAAUUGGUAUUCCGGUAACGAUAGAUCUAUGAUUCUUUCGAAUUGUUUGUUCAGGUCCGGUGGUUGUGCGAUUCUCCUCACUAAUAAGAGAUCGUUACAGCAUAAAUCGAUGUUCAGACUCAAAUGCUUGGUCCGUACACAUCACGGAGCGAGAGACGAAUCGUACGGAUGUUGUUUACAGACUGAGGAUGAUCAAGGACGGCUCGGCUUCCACUUAGCCAAGAAUCUCCCCAAAGCCGCAACUCGAGCCUUUGUGGAUAACCUCAGAAUCAUCGCCCCUAAAAUCUUACCCAUUAGAGAACUUCUCCGAUUCAUGGCUGUUUGGAUAUACUGGAAAACGACAACAUCGCCUAAAUCAUCAAAAAAGGGAAGUAAUCGCAGUGUUUCCCCAAAUUCGGCGGUGACAUCGUCUUCUCAGGCGCAGGUGAAGCCACCAGUGAUUGAUUUCAGAACCGGCGUUGAUCAUUUUUGUAUCCACACAGGUGGUAAAGCGGUGAUUGAUGGAAUAGGAGUAAACUUAGAUCUGAGUCCGUACGACCUUGAACCGGCGAGAAUGACUCUUCACCGGUUCGGAAACACAUCGGCGAGUAGUCUGUGGUACGUUCUAGGGUACAUGGAAGCGAAGAAGAGGUUGAAGAAAGGGGACCGAGUAUUCAUGAUUAGCUUUGGUGCGGGCUUUAAAUGCAACAGCUGUUUAUGGGAGGUAGUGAGGGACUUGAAUGGAGGUGAAGAAAAUGUGUGGAACGAUGACAUUGAUGAGUACCCACCAGAGUCUUUAACAAACCCAUUCAUGGAAAAGUUUGGUUGGAUUCAAGAUGAAGAUCCAAGCACCUUCAAGAUGCCCUUGUGAGAUAAAAAAGAAAAAAAAAAUAAUACAGGUGAUAUAUUUCAUGAUAAUGAUGAUGAUGAUGAUGGUGAAGAAAGAUACAUAUUUAGUGUCAUUAUAAUUAUUACUUAUUAUUAUUGUUAAUCUCAAUGGUUCAUGAUCAGUAUUAUUAUUUUUCACCAAUCUAGUUAGGGUUUACAAAAUUCGUUUAAGAAAAAAAAAGGAAAAAGAGAAAGAGAAAGAAGUGUCUAGUUUUUUGUUUUUUACAGUGUUAUUGUUAUUAUUAUUAUUUUUAAUUGGAGAGGGAGGUGGGUUGGUUGGUUGGUGGGGUUGUGGCUGAUCAUAUUUAUUUUCAUUUGUGUACACUAUAAAGAAAAGAAAAAAGGUUAUUAUUGUUGAA